CCCAAAACAAGCAGCCACCCAAACCCCCAAGGAGAUAUUUCUCUUUCCCCUUCCCCCCUUCCAAUUCAACCUCACCAUCUCCUCUCCCCCACUCGCCAUGGACGGCGCGAAGAAGAGCCGCAACCCGUCCAAGCAGCCGGCGGACUACCGCAGCGACCGCAAGUCGGCCUCCGGGAUGAGCGGCGGGCCCAAGAAGGGCGGCCGCGGCGGCAAGUUCACCUGGGAGGGCGCCGACGGCUACGCCGACGAGGACCUCGACCUCCUCUCCCCCAACAACUCCACCCACCACCGCAAGACCACCGCCGCCGCUGACACCACCACCACCAGCACCAAGAAGUCCCAGGUCGUCGGUGGCGGCGGCGACGAGUAGCAGGCAGCCCGUAGUGUCCUCGAUCGGCCGCUCGCAAUCAGUUUCUUGAAUAAUUUGGAGGGUGGGUGCUUGGUGCUCAUCACUAGAGACCAUGUACAUAUAUGAUCUGUUCUUAUCUUAUUUUUUUUUUCUUUGGCUAAUGUUGGGAGCCUUCGGUUCUGGGCAUGAACCGCUUUUAUCUUCAUCUCAACCGUAAUCGCAAUUGGAAUCCUGCACUUGGUUGAA